AUGAUCAAAGAUAAUCACUCUGAGACAAUGAAAUUUUUCCUCACAGGAUUUACUGAUCGACCAGAGCUGAAGCCCCUUCUCUUUAUACUGUUCUUUGGCAUCUAUCUGAUCACCAUGGUGGGGAAUCUUGGUUUGGUGGCACUGAUCUAUGUGGAGCAUCGUCUUCACACACCAAUGUACAUCUUUCUGGGCAACCUGGCUCUGAUGGAUUCCUGCUGUUCCUGUGCUGUUACCCCCAAGAUGUUACAGAACUUCUUUUCAGAAGAUAAAAUGAUUUCCCUCAGUGAAUGCAUGGCACAAUUUUAUUUUUUCUGUUUUGCUGAAACUACAGACUGCUUUCUUCUGGCAGCAAUGGCCUAUGACAGGUAUGUGGCAAUAUGCAGUCCACUGCAGUACCACACCAGGAUGUCAAAGAAACUCUGCAUUCAGAUGACCACAGGGAUCUACAUAGCUGGAAGCCUGCAUCCAAUGAUUCAUGUAGGGUUACUGUUUAGGUUAACAUUCUGUGGCUCUCCAAAUCAUAUUUAUUGUGAUGUGUUUCCAUUGUACAGACUUUCUUGUGUUGAUACCUAUAUCAAUGCCCUGAUGAUACUUAUUUUUGGGGGGUCAGUUGAAAUCUUUACUAUUACCACAGUUUUAAUCUCUUAUCUCUUCAUCCUUUUCACUAUUUUCAAAAUGAAAUCCAGAGAGGGAAGAGGCAAAGCUUUAUCGACUUGUGCAUCCCACUUUCUCUCUGUCUCAAUAUUUUAUGGUUCUCUUCUAUUUGUUUAUGUUCAACCAAGCUCGGUUAAAGAGAAAGAUAAAGAUAUUCCUGUUGCUGUUUUUUAUACUCUAGUAAUUCCUUUUUUAAACCCUUUUAUUUAUAGUCUAAGAAAUAAGAAAGUGAUAAAUGUUGUAAAAGGAAUUAUGAAUAACAAAUCUCAUAAAAUUCUGAAACAAACAUCACAUCCUGUAGGAAACUGA